CACUCGGAGCGUACGGAACAGUUACCGGCUUGGGCGAAAGCGGCGCACACAACUUCUCACGCACUUCAGCAAAUAUUCUACUUCUCCACUGUACGGGUACCUCAUUCCAUUCCGUUGUUCAGUGUUCGGUUCAGCACGGGUUGGUUCAAUUAAUUCAGUUUUAGCCUUCAGUAGGUACUGGUGGAUUUUUUCACACACUUCUCCUGUUAUACCGACAAAAUAGUGGCAAAGUGUUAAACACUAGCAAACUACCGUUACGUGUAUUGAACAACAGUAGAAAACGCAUCGUCAGCCUAACUGAACUAAACGAACUAAAAAAUCCAGCAAAAUGGCCGAAAAUUGUGGAAAGUGCAAAAAAUCGAUUAGCAAGGAGGGCAUCGUCAUUUGCAAUUCAGACGAUUGCAUGAAAAAGUUUCAUCGCACUUGCGUGAAUAUCGACGAUGCCAUCUACGAUGCGAUUCAGAAGAACCCUUUGAUUUCCUUCAAUUGUGAGGAAUGUAAAAAUCAAUCGCCCAAAGCGCUAGCCGCCAAGCUGCAGACGAUGGAGGAGAAACUGAAUAAAGUCUACAAUGGCGUGAAUCAGAUCUCGACACGUAUGUAUCAGCAAUAUUUCCAAUUCGGCAACGCGAACAAUGUGGACCCGAAGAAGCAAACCAAUAAUCUCAUCGUCGUUGGUAACAACUGUAAUUCGGAUCGUCUGCAAGUUGUCUGCGAUUAUGGGCGCUGGGUGCAGGUGGGCAAAUUCGCAACCUCCACUAGUGAGGAUGACAUUAUCGAGCAUUUGGCUGAGGAAUUAAAGAUCAAUAAGAAUCUAGUCAAGUGCACCAAAUUGGUGAAGAACGAUGCGAAUCUAUCGCAAUUGUCAUAUUGUAAAUUUAAGAUUUCCAUACCGGAUUAUCGUUUCAAUGAGCUAUUCAAUGAGAAUAUCUGGCCCAGUGGUGUUAUGGUUAGUCCAUUCACACCACGUUCGCAAUUGAAUCAGAAUCGUAUAUAAGGCAAAGCCAUUGAAGGGCGGGUG